UUUUUAUCAUUAAGAAAUUUAUUUAUUAAUUAGUUUCUUUAUAUAUUUACAGAAACUCCUUCCUAUUCUUAUCUCAAUCAAUUAUCGCACACUCGAUUCAGCCCCAUUCCGCCCAAUACACGCCAAGUACGCGCUAACAUAACCUCAAUCCACUCAUCAUGAAGCACACCAUCGAACAAUUCGCCGAAACAGAAUUAUCCGAACAAAUUCUAAAGAUUGCCAAACGCGAAUUGCGCGAAGAUAAGUGUACGCGGGAGCAGAGUCUGGAACAACUGCGCAACUGGAUAUUGAAACAUGAGGAUAUGCGCGAUGUGCGGCUGGACGAACAGUUCCUUUUGCGCUUCCUGCGUUGCAAAAAGUACAGUGUGCCCAUGGCACAACAAACUCUACUCAAGUACUUGAAUGUGCGCCGCACUUUUCCACACAUGAGCACACAGCUGGACUUUCUGGAACCCAAGCUGAAUGACAUUAUCAGCAGUGGCUACAUUUUCGCCUCACCGCAGCGCGACAAGAACGGACGUCGUGUGGUGGUGAUCAAUGCCAAAGGCUUCAAUCCAAAGUUAUACAACAGCAGCGAUCAGGCGCGUGCACAUUUCCUCACCUACGAGUGCCUCAUGGAAGAUCAAGCCACACAAAUCUGUGGACUCAUACAUGUGGGCGAUUUUGCCGGUGUCACCACGACGCAUGUGACCAAUUGGAAUCCGACCGAAUUUGCACGAGUUUUCCGUUGGAGCGAACAAUCGCUGCCGCUGCGACACAAAGAGAUACAUUUGGUGAAUGUGCCGGCGACGCUCAAGUGGCUAAUCGAUUUCGUGAAGGGGCGCGUCAGUUCGAAGAUGCGCGAUCGGUUGGUGCUCUACACACAGGACAAAGAACUGGCGAAGCAUGUCGAUCCGACGUGCCUGCCACAAGAACUGGGCGGUCAUAUGCCUAUGAAAGCGAUGGUGGAGUUGUGGAAAGAGGAGCUGGUGGCCAGGCGUGAGGCCAUAAUCAGCUUGGACAAGAGCGCGCUGCUCAGCGAUCGUGGAAUUUUGCGGAAAAGUAGCUUCAACGCGGAGAAAAGUACUAAUGGAUUGAAUUUCGCCUCCCAGAUCGAGUCGAUUGAGGGGAGUUUUCGCAAACUGGAAUUCGAUUAGGCUAAAAGCAGCGAAGUUUUACUGGAGAAGAGAAACAAAAAAAAUA